AUGGACGAAAACUACGACGUUAUAGUGUUGGGAACCGGUUUGACCGAGUGUAUUCUCUCUGGACUGCUGUCAAUUGACGGUAAGAAAGUCCUGCACAUUGACAAGCAGGAUUACUAUGGAGGAGAAAGCGCUUCUUUGAACCUUACCCAGUUGUACUCCAAGUUCAAGCCAAGCAAGCCGUAUGCAGACCAGUUCGGCAAAGACAGAGACUGGUGUGUUGAUUUGAUUCCCAAGUUUUUGAUGUCGAACGGUGAGCUUACUAACAUUCUUGUUCACACCGAUGUCACCCGUUACAUGGAGUUUAAGCAGAUUCAUGGCUCUUAUGUGUACCGCGGGGGUCGUAUUGCGAAAGUUCCUUCCAACCAGACAGAGGCGAUCUCGUCUCCGUUGAUGGGAUUCUUUGAGAAGAGAAGAAUGAAGAAUUUCCUGGAGUUUAUCAUCAAGUACAACGAGGACGAGCAAUCUACCCAUGGUGGAGUGGAUCUCGACAAGACCACCAUGGACGAGGUGUACAACAAGUACGGACUCGAGCGGGGAACCAAGGACUUCAUUGGCCACGCCAUGGCUCUUUGGCCCAACGAUGAGUACUUGAACGAGCCGGCCAGAGAAACGUACGACAGAAUUGUGCUGUAUCUUGGUUCUGUUGCCAGAUACGGCAAAUCGCCAUACAUUUACCCAUUGUACGGACUGGGCGAGCUUCCACAAGGAUUUGCCAGACUGUCUGCGAUCUACGGCGGAACUUUCAUGCUGGACACGCCAAUUGACGAGGUGUUGUACGAAGAUGGCAAGUUUGUUGGUGUCAAGACCAAAGAAGGAACUGCCAGAGCACCGGUUGUGAUUGCAGACCCAACCUAUUUCCCAGAGAAGGUCAAGGCCACGGGCCAGAAGGUGAUCAGAGCCAUGUGCAUUUUGGACCACCCGAUCCCAAACACGUCCGACGCGGACUCUGCGCAGAUCAUCAUCCCGCAGAACCAGGUGGGCCGGAAAAACGACAUCUACAUUGCCACCAUUUCCUCGGCCCACAACAUUAGUGCCAAGGGCUACUACCUGGCCAUCAUCUCCACCAUCAUCGAGACAGACAAGCCUCACCUGGAGCUGGAGCCCGCAUUCAAGAUCAUCGGCGCAACCAAGGACGUUCUGAUGGGCAUUGCCGAGUUGUACGAGCCAUUGGAGGACGGGUCCAAGGACCAUAUCUAUAUCUCCAAGUCGUACGACCCUUCGUCCCAUUUCGAGUCCACCACCGACGACGUCAAAGACAUCUACAAGCGUGUCACUGGCCACGACUUGGUGCUGAAGAAGCGCGCCACCGCAGAGGAGGAAGCAGACCUGGCCGGAUUGAGCUAA